CCCCGGCUCGGCCAGGGGGGGGGCUCCGACCGAGCGGGGCGAGCGCUCGUCGUGCGGGCAUGGCAUCCUCUGCCUACACUAUGACUUCGCGGAGGUCUCGUGGUUUUGGUCGCAGCUGAGCGUCGCUGAUCCCCAUGUCGUUGGAGUGUGCUCGCAAGGUCCACGACUGGUACCUCACACACGGGAAGAAAGACGCCAGGAAAGCGAUGCCCGGCCAAUCAUUCCUCAGGUACAACCCUCAAGAUCCAGUGAUGCCUGGCUCGCUGCGGGCACCGCCGCUGCGCUUCGAGAACCCGCUAGGUGUCGGCGUGGGCGGCGGCACAUCGACAUUGCCAGGAGCUUUCAAGCGUGGUGACCUGCGAGGGAGUCUAUCAGAGCCCGCUCUACAUGGCUCCGAGGCGGGCUCCCCGUCGGUAUCUCGCCGGCCAACCUCGGGCGGGCCGAUCUAG